AUGUCUUCCCCAGAGUAUCCUGAGCUAUACGCCGCCGCGCAUAAUUUUCCUGCAAUAGACAACCACGCUCACCCAUUGUUGAAGGACAAGCAUCGCCACGCUCUACCAUUCGAAGGCCUCAUUUCGGAGGCCGAAGGGGAGGCGCAACAAGACUCUGUACACACGAUAGCUUGCCUACGUGCCACUCAUCAACUCAGCGAACUGUAUAAACUCGAUCCAAAUACCACGACAUGGAGUGAUAUUAAGACAGCUAGGGAUAAGAUAGGUUACGAGGAGCUCUGCGAAACCUGCUUCAAGCCAACCGGAAUUCGAUGUAUCUUGAUCGACGACGGCCUGGUCAACACCAGCAACAAGCUAUUGGCGGAGGAGUAUCAUUGGCACGAUCGGUUCACACCGUCCCCCGCAAAGCGUUUGGUGAGAGUUGAAGCGGUGGCGGAGGAAAUUCUCAAGGAAGUGAUCAUACCUCAUCUCUCUACAGACCACCUACAAGUCACGCCCAUCCUUGAUGCUUUCAAGAGUAGAUUGUCGGAGACACUAACUGCAUGCGCUCACGACCCUAAUGUCGUCGGGUUCAAGUCGAUUGUUUGCUAUCGCACCGGUCUUGACGUCUCAACGUUCUCCCCGCCUGCCAGUCUAAAGUUCUCCCUACUCGAUAUAUUCAAGGUGUACAAAGACGAAGGGAAAAUCCGACUCGCGCAUAAGGCACUUAACGAUCACGUCGUACGGACUGCCUUGGAAGUUUCCACAAUGCACCGCAAACCUGUGCAAUUCCACACGGGACUGGGUGACAACGACAUCACUCUUGUCAACGCUUCGCCGUCCAAGCUGCAACCAAUCAUCAAGGCUUUCCCUGAUGCGACAUUCGUACUCCUACACUCAGCGUAUCCGUUCACUCGCGAAGCCGGCUAUCUGACAGCUGUCUACUCAAAUGUAUUCCUAGACUUCGGCGAGGUCUUUCCGUUUGUCUCCGGGCAUGGCCAGCGAGCGAUCAUACAACAGGUCCUAGAACUGUGUCCAACGAACAAGAUUUUAUGGUCUACGGAUGGGCAUUGGUGGCCAGAAUCCUUUUACCUUGGUACUAUCCAGGCGCGCCAGGCUCUAUAUGAAGCCCUCGCCGAUGUCGUCAGACACGGGGAAAUCACCGAGGCACAGGCUGUUCAGAUUGUUCGAAAUGCUCUGUUCUACAAUGCUAAUAGGGUGUACGCUUUGGGGUUGGAGCCGGGAAUAUCUGCUUAA